UUUGAACUUCGUGAGAGAGCGGACUUUCAAAAAUUAUUCGUCAGGAUAACCAAAAGAUCCGGGAAUCCAUCCUUGAAUUGCAAAGAAAAACUGCCAAAUGCAGUUUUAGCGCCCAACCUAAUGUGCUGCUAAGGAAUCGAUUAAUUGCAGGGAUUAAUAUCCCAGGUCUGUAAAGAGGGUUGUUGAGAAUGCCGAACUGUUUCUUUCAAGAUGCUAGAACUAUCUGUAUUAACUAAGAAACAAUGAAUGAACUUGAUAUCCAGUCAACCAAAGUUUUUAAUGCUCCGCUCAGUAGUCAUGAUGAAAUACAAUCUCAGGGUACAUCAAACUUGCAUCCGUUUAAUGGUGAUUUCUAUUUUCAUGAAAAUAUAAAAAUUGAUUCAACAAUGACUUGGAAAGCGAACAACAAAGGUGAGAUCAAGUUUGGUAAAUGUUUAUCCUGUGACAAAUUUCAUUUUCGUAAUGCAUGUGCAUUUCGUAAUGCUAAAUGUUUUAAAUAUGGUAAGAUAGAGCAUAUUCAGUCAGUAUGCGGGACUACUGUUCAUUUUGCUUCAAGUGGUACCAAACCUCGUAAUUUAGAUCCUAUUAAUUCGGAUGUUCCUAAUGAUCAUUAACCUUUAUCCACCAUUUCGAAAGGUGAUGCUCACAUUCAAAAGCGAUUAUAUACAUCCCUCGGUUUAUUUCGUGAAUAUUGUGUACACAUGCAGUAUAGAGUUCAUUAUUUCAUUCAAGAAUUUGAAAUCUUUAGAUCCUAACGUUAUUGUAAGACCCAGUGAAGUCUCAAUAUUGGGGAUUACUGGACACAGACUGCCCAUACCAGGAUGCUGUGAAUUGCAAAUCAGAGAUUAUAAUUCUUCAUAGAUGUCUUGUGAAUUUUUAGUUAGCGAAACAGAAG